GUCCGUGAUGACAACAAGAGGCAGCACCCUUGCCUUGUUGAUUUCGGAAAGCUGCCUGAAACUGAAAGGAACUACAACGUGCAGAUGUCUAGUGAAACACUUAAGACCCUGUUGGCUCUUGGCUGCCAUGUUGCUCAGGCUUUUGCGAACGCUGAGGACGAUCUGAAGAAAGUCAAACUUCCCAAAGACUACAUAAUGUCUAACGGAUAUAAGCCUGCGCCACAGGACCUCUCUGACGUGAAACUGAAUGCAGGUCAGGAGGUUCUGGUUGAUAAACUGGCCGAGAAUGCACACAACGUGUGGGCCAAAGACAGAAUUAAACAAGGAUGGACCUACGGCAUCCAGCAGGAUUUAAAGAGCAGGCGCAAUCCUCGCUUGGUGCCGUACGCUUUACUGGACGAGCGCACGAAGAAAUCUAACAGAGACAGCUUGAGAGAGGCGAUCAGGACUAUGGUUGGAUAUGGAUAUGACAUCGACCCCCCAGACCAGGAGGCUCUCCACACGCUGGAUGAUCAGAACAUCGAGACCAUCCGCUUCUUCCGUGUGGAGCAGACGUACGCCUUGAAGACGGGGAAGUGGUACUUUGAGUUUGAGGCGCUGAGUGGAGGAGACAUGAGGGUGGGCUGGGCCAGACCCGGCUGCAGGCCCGAUGUGGAGCUGGGGACGGACGACCAGGCCUUCGUGUUCGAUGGAUACAGGGGUCGUCGAAUGCACGCAGGAAGCCGCUACUUUGGACAACCUUGGAAAACGGGCGACGUGGUCGGUUGCAUGAUCAACAUGGAGGACAAAUCCAUGAUUUUCACCCUGAACGGAGAGCUCCUGAUCACCGGCAAGGGCUCUGAGCUCUGCUUCACCGACUUUGAGACGGAGGACGGUUUCAUCCCUGUGUGCAGUAUGGGCAUCGGACAGGUGGGACACAUGAACCUGGGAAAGGACGCCAGCACUUUCAAGUACUACACCAUGUGUGGACUCCAGGAGGGCUUCGAGCCCUUUGGUGUGAACAUGAACAGAGCCAUCACCAUGUGGUUCAGCAAGCGCCUUCCUACCUUUGUCAACAUACCCAAAGAACACCAGCAUAUUGAGGUGACGAGGAUCGACGGGACAGUAGACAGCCCUCCCUGCCUCAAGGUCACCCACAAGACGUUCGGCACGCAGAACAGCAACAGUGACAUGACCUACUGCAGACUGAGCAUGCCUGUGGACUUCUACUCUGCAGACAAGAUACUGGACGAUUCUCUGAAACUCAGCCAUCUUCCAAAAGAAGAUGGAACUGUUGACUUUGGAAGCAUCACAACUUACUACCACUCAGUGAGAGUGUUUGCCGGACAGGACCCCGCCUCAAUUUGGGUGGGCUGGGUCACACCAGACUAUCAUUUCUAUAGCAAGAACUUCGGCCUCAACAAGAUGCGGAGAGUCACCGUCACCCUGGGAGACGAGAGAGGGCGGGUACAUGAGAGUGUGCAGAGGAGUAACUGCUACAUCGUGUGUGGAGCGGACGCCAUCGACCCGUCCUCCUCCAGCCGCUCCAACUCUGACCUGGAGAUCGGCUGUCAGAUCGACCUGGCCACUGGCCUCGUCUCCUUCACUGCCAACGGCAAGGAGCUGUCCACAUCAUAUCAGGUGGAGCCAAACACCAAGCUGUUCCCAGCUGUGUUCGUACGCCCCACCAGUGCAAACCUCUUCCAGUUUGAAUUUGUCAAGAUCAAGGAUGCCAUGCCGCUCUCGUCUGCCAUAUUUAAGAGCGAGAGCAGGAACCCGGUGCCGCAGUGCCCGCCGCGCCUGGAUGUGCAGACCAUCGUGGCCGUGCUGUGGAGCCGCAUGCCGAACACCUUCCUCAGGGUGGAGGCGGCUCGGGUCAGCGAGAGGCACGGCUGGGUGGUGCAGUGUCUGGAGCCGCUGGAGAUGAUGGCCGUGCAUAUUCCUGAGGAGAACAGGUGUUUGGACAUCCUGGAGUUAUCGGAGCUUGAAGACCUGAGAAAGUUCCACUACCACACUCUGAAGCUGUACAGUGCCCUCUGUGCGCUGGGAAACACCCGCGUUGCUCACGCCCUCUGCAGCCACUUGGACCAAUCACAGCUCCUCUACACCAUCGACAACCAGUACCUGUCUGGCAUGCUGAGGGAGGGCUUCUACAAUGUCCUCAUCAGCAUCCAUCUUGAAACGGCAAAGGAGGCUCGCCUAAUGAUGAACAACGAGUUCAUCAUCCCUGUGACCGCGGAGACUCGCUCCAUCAAACUGUUCCCUGACGAGUCCAAGCGGCACUCGCUGCCCGGCGUGGACCUGAGCACCUCUCUCAAACCUCGAGUUAACUUCUCGCCCGUCGGCAUCAUCAACACGAGGCGCCAGCAGUACCUGUACAGCCCGGAGAUCCCUCUGGGCAGCCUGAAGGAGAAGGCCAUCAGCAUGCUCACGGAGGCCGUGCAGGGCGGAGGAACGCACAUCCGGGACCCGGUGGGCGGCAGCGUGGAGUACCAGUUCGUCCCCAUCCUGAAGCUGACAGGAACGCUGUUAACCAUGGGAGUCCUGACCAGCGAGGAGGUGAGGAUCAUCCUCCUCCUGAUCGCUCCCAACGUGUUCGGAGAGGCCAAGGAGGGCGAGGACGCCAAGGGGGACGAGGUGGCCGUGGCGGGGAAGAAAGAGGAAGUGAGCAAGAACGAGGAGAAGGCUGUGGAGGCGGGAGAGGACGAGACUAAAGACAGCAAACCGCUCAUCAAAGGUCUGCUGGCGAAGUCUCUGCCCGAGCCCGUCAAACGCCAGAUGUGCGAGCUGCUGCACUACUUCUGUGACUGUGAGCUGAAGCACCGCAUCGAGUCCAUCGUGUCCUUCUCAGACGACUUCGUGUCCAAGCUCCAGUACAACCAGAAGUUCCGCUACAACGAGCUGAUGCUGGCGUUCGAAAUGUCCGCCGCCGUCACUGCCAAGAAGACCAAAGAGUUUCGUUCACCCCCACAUGAGCAGGUACCAUACUGCAGUGGAAACAACAAACUACGAGAACAGUUUACAACCUGUUUGAAGAUGUGA